AUGCAGGUACAUAAUCGAAGACGACCUUCUAAAUCUAUCUUUAUAUCUCGAUUACCACCGAAUAAUGCCAACUAUACGAAUGAACAUUUCAAUUAUGCUCGACGAAUGACCAUUCAUUUACCAGAGACAAUACCUGACACUACAUAUCUCUAUGGUUACGCUUUGUUAAGUUUUACAUUCAUUGUGUUUAUUAUUUCUGUCUAUUCGAUUAUAGCCAGUCAAUAUAUGCCAGAUACUCAUAUUAAGAUACUAGAUUGGAUUAAAUACGAUGAUUAUUAUUGUCUUUUAAUUCCAAUUACUGCAAUUGUUUGGAUUUAUUGGGUCUUAUGGAAUUGGAUGGGAAUGAAGUUUUUCAGACAUAAUUAG